UAGUGCGGAGUCCCUGCGCAGUCACUCUGUGUCACAUCAUGUGACUCACCUGCUACCCAAUGGCCGCUAUAGGCGGCAUACAUAGAUACGAUAUGCAGACUGUAAUGAAUCCACAGUGACGGUCUGUAUUGCUCUAAAGCUGCCAGCAUCACGUGCGUUCCAAGAUGCUCCAUUUCGUGUACGGCAUGUACCUGCGCCCACAAAAUGGCGUCUGGCGCCGGUGCGUCACUUUGUAGCAAGUUGUGCAUUUGCGAUAACCCUGCUGCCCCGAUCAUUUCACGCUGAGAGGAAGCUCCCCAGGCUCUCCCCUGCUGAUACACGGUAGAAGAGGGUUGAAAAGAGAGGGGAGGCACAUAAUUAGGCGCAAAAAAAUAUAUAAACAGCAGCUACUGGGUUAACAUUAAGUUACUGUGUUAUUCCUGGGUUAUAGAGCGCUGGGGUGUGUGCUGGCAUACUCUCUCUGUCUCUCCAAAGGGCCUUGUGGGGGAACUGUCUUCAGAAAGGACAUUCCCUGUGUGUGUGGUGUGUCGGUACGCUUGUGUCGACAUGUCUGAUGUGGAAGGCUAUGUGGGAGAGGAGCGGGAGCAAAUGAAUGUGGUGUCUCCGCCGACGGCGCCGACACGUGAUUGGAUGGAUAUGUGGAAGGUUUUAAAUGAUAAUGUAAAUUCCUUGCAUAAAAGAUUUGACAAGGCUGAUGCAUUGGGACAGUCGGGGUCUCAACCCGUGCCUGAUCCUAUGUCGCAGGAACCGUCGGGAUCUCAUAAGCGCCCACUAUCCCAAAUUGUUGACACAGAUACCGACAUGGAUUCUGACUCCAGUGUUGAUUACGAUGAUGCAAAGUUACAGCCAAAGUUGGCUAAAUCACUCCGAUAUAUGAUUAUAGCAAUUAAGGAGGUUUUGCACAUCACAGAGGAAACCCCUGUCCCUGACACAAGGGUUUAUAUGUAUAAGGGAAAGAAACCUGAGGUAACUUUUCCCCCCUCACACGAACUGAAUGAGCUAUAUGAAAAAGGUUGGGAAUCUCCAGAUAAAAAACUGCAGAUUUCCAAACGGAUUCUUAUGGCGUAUCCUUUCCCGCCAACGGACAGGUUUACGAUGGGAAUCCUCCCCUAGGGUGGACAAAGCUUUAACACGCUUAUCCAAAAAGGUAGCCCUGCCGUCCCUGGAUAUGGCUACCCUCAAGGAUGCUGCUGAUCGCAAACAGGAGGGUACCCUGAAGUCCAUUUAUACACAUUCAGGUACCUUGCUCAGACCGGCAAUCGCGUCGGCCUGGGUCUGUAGUGCAGUAGCGGCAUGGACUGGUACCUUAUCAGAGGAGUUUGAUACCCUAGAUAGGGAUACCGUUUUAUUGAUCCUGGGGCAUAUUAAAGACGCUGUCCUUUAUAUGAGAGAUGCUCAAAGAGACAUUAGUCUGCUGGGUUCAAGAAUAAACGCUAUGUCGAUUUCUGCCAGAAGGGUCCUGUGGACUCGGCAAUGGACAGGUGAUGCCGACUCAAAACGGCAUAUGGAGGUUUACCUUACAGGGGUGAGGAAUUGUUCGGUGAAGGUCUCUCGGACCUGGUCUCCACAGCUACGGCUGGAAAGUCAAAUUUUUUGCCUUAUGUUCCCUCACAGCCUAAGAGAGCACCGCAUUAUCAAAUGCAGUCCUUUCGUUCACAAAGAAACAAGAAAGUCCGAGGUGCGUCCUUUUUUGCCAGAGGGAGGGGCAGAGGAAAGAAGCUGCACAAUACAGCUAGUUCCCAGGAACAGAAGUCCUCCCCGGCCUCUGCAAAAUCCACCGCAUGACGCUGGGGCUCCACUGGCGGAGUCGGGGCCAGUGGGGCGCGUCUUCGGAAUUUCAGCCACAUGUGGGUUCACUCCCAGGUGGAUCCCUGGGCAAUAGAAAUUGUGUCUCAGGGUUACAAGCUGGAAUUCGAAGAGGUGCCUCCUCGCCGUUUUUUCAAAUCGGCCCUACCGCCUUCCCCCCUAGAGAGGGAGAUAGUGUUAAAUGCAAUACAAAAAUUGUAUCUUCAGCAGGUGGUGGUCGAGGUUCCCCUCCUUCAACAGGGAAGGAGUUAUUAUUCAACCAUGUUUGUGGUUCCGAAACCGGACGGUUCGGUCAGACCCAUAUUGAAUUUAAAAUCUCUGAACCUAUACUUGAAGAGGUUCAAGUUCAAGAUGGAAUCGCUAAGAGCGGUCAUCGCCAGCCUGGAAGGGGGGAUUUUAUGGUGUCACUGGACAUAAAGGAUGCGUACCUUCAUGUCCCCAUUUAUCCACCUCAUCAGGCGUACCUAAGAUUUGCGGUACAGGACUGUCAUUACCAAUUUCAGACGUUGCCGUUUGGUCUCUCAACGGCUCCGAGGAUUUUCACCAAGGUAAUGGCGGAAAUGAUGGUGCUCCUGCGCAAGCAGGGUGUCACAAUUAUCCCGUACUUGGACGAUCUCCUCAUAAAAGCGAGAUCAAGAGAGCAGUUGCUGAACAGCGUAUCUCUUUCACUGAAAGUGUUACAACAACACGGCUGGAUUCUCAAUAUCCCAAAGUCGCAGUUGGUUCCUACGACUCGUCUGCCUUUCUUGGGCAUGAUUCUGGACACGACCAAGAAAAGGGUUUAUCUUCCGAUAGAAAAAGCCCAGGAACUUAUGACUCUGGUCAGGAACCUUUUGAAAUCAAGACAGGUGUCCGUGCAUCAUUGCACUCGAGUCCUGGGAAAGAUGGUGGCCUCAUUCGAGGACAUUCCCUUUGGCAGGUUCCAUGCGAGGACUUUCCAAUGGGAUCUGUUGGACAAGUGGUCCGGAUCACAUCUACAGAUGCAUCGGUUGAUCACCCUGUCCCCCAGGGCAAGGGUGUCGCUCCUGUGGUGGCUGCAGAGCGCUCACCUUCUCGAGGGCCGCAGAUUCGGCAUUCAGGAUUGGAUCCUGGUGACCACGGAUGCAAGCCUCCGAGGUUGGGGAGCAGUCACACAGGGAAGAAAUUUCCAGGGUCUUUGGUCAAGUCAAGAGACUUGUCUGCACAUCAACAUCCUGGAACUAAGGGCCAUAUACAACGCCCUACGUCAAGCGGAGGCCUUACUUCGCGACCAACCAGUUCUGAUCCAGUCAAACAACAUCACCGCAGUGGCUCAUGUAAACUGCCAAGGCGGCACAAGGAGCAGAGCGGCAAUGGCGGAAGCUACCAGGAUUCUUCGCUGGGCGGAGAAUCAUGUAAGCGCACUGUCAGCAGUGUUCAUUCCAGGAGUGGACAACUUGGAAGCAGACUUCCUCAGCAGACACGACCUACACCCGGGAGAGUGGGGACUUCAUCCAGAAGUCUUCACACAGAUUGUGAGUCGGUGGGAACUGCCACAGAUAGACAUGAUGGCGUCCCGCCUCAACAAAAAGCUACAGAGGUAUUGCGCCAGGUCCAGAGACUCUCAGGCAGUAGCGGUAGACGCCCUCGUGACACCGUGGGUGUUCCGGUCCGUCUAUGUAUUUCCUCCUCUUCCUCUCAUACCCAAGGUGUUGAGAAUAGUAAGAAGAAAAGGAGUGAGAACAAUCCUCGUUGUUCCAGAUUGGCCACGACGGACCUGGUAUCCAGAUCUGCAGGAAAUGCUCACGGAAGAUCCGUGGCCUCUUCCUCUAAGGCAGGACCUGUUGCAACAGGGACCCUGUCUGUUCCAAGACUUACCGCGGCUGCGUUUGACGGCAUGGCGGUUGAACACUGGAUCCUAGCGGAAAAAGGUAUUCCGGUUGAGGUUAUCCCUACGCUGAUAAAGGCUAGGAAGGAAGUAACAGCAAAACAUUAUCACCGUAUAUGGCGAAGAUAUGUUUCUUGGUGUAAGGCCAGGAAUGCUCCUACGGAAGAAUUCCAUCUGGGCCGUUUCCUUCACUUCCUACAAACUGGAGUGGAUUUGGGCCUUAAAUUAGGCUCCAUUAAGGUCCAAAUUUCGGCCCUAUCCAUUUUCUUUCAAAAAGAAUUGGCUUCUCUCCCAGAAGUUCAGACUUUUGUUAAGGGAGUACUGCAUAUUCAGCCUCCGUUUGUGCCUCUGGUGGCGCCUUGGGACCUUAAUGUGGUCUUGGACUUCCUAAAGUCACACUGGUUUGAACCACUGAAAACGGUGGAGUUGAAAUAUCUCACUUGGAAGGUGGUCAUGUUAUUAGCCCUGGCUUCGGCUAGGCGAGUGUCGGAAGUAGCGGCUUUAUCACAUAAAAGCCCCUAUCUGGUUUUCCAUAUGGAUAGAGCGGAAUUGCGGACACGUCCUCAGUUCCUGCCAAAAGUGAUUUCAUCCUUUCAUAUGAACCAACCUAUUGUGGUGCCUGUGGCUACACGGGACUUAUAGGAUUCCGAGUCCCUUGAUGUGGUCAGGGCUUUGAAAAUUUAUGUAGCCAGGACGGCUAGAGUCCGAAAAACAGAAGCACUGUUUGUUCUGUAUGCAGCCAACAAGCUUGGCGGCCCUGCUUCAAAGCAGACUCUUGCUCGCUGAAUCUGUAUCACGAUUCAGCAGGCGCAUUCUACGGCAGGAUUGCCGUUACCUAAAUCACCCAUUCCACUAGGAAAGUGGGCUCUUCUUGAGCGGCUGCCCGAGGGGUCUCGGCACUACAGCUGUGUCGAGCUGCUACUUGGUCGGGUACAAACACCUUUGCAAAAUUCUAUAAGUUUGAUACCCUGGCUGAGGAGGACCUCAUGUUUGCUCAAUCGGUGCUGCAGAGUCAUCUGCACUCUCCCGCCCGUUUGGGAGCUUUGGUAUAAUCCAUAUGGUCCUUACGGAGUCCCCAGCAUCUUCUAGGACGUUAGAGAAAAUAAGAUAUUACUUACCGGUAAAUCUAUUUCUCGUAGUCCGUAGAGGAUGCUGGGCGCCCGUCCCAAGUGCGGACUUCUUCUGCAAUACUUGUAUAUAGUUAUUGCUUCAAUAAGGGUUACGUUAUUGUUGCAUCGGGCGUGAACUGAUGCUAUGUUAUUGUCAUACUGUUUACUGGAUUGUUAUCACAAGUUAUACGGUGUGAUUGGUGUGGCUGGUAUGAAUCUUGCCCUUGGAUUAACAAAAAUCCUUUCCUCGUACUGUCCAUCUCCCCUGGGCACAGUUCUCUAACUGAGGUCUGGAGGAGGGGCAGAGAGGGAGGAGCCAGUGCACACCAGGAACUAAAUUCUUUCUUAAAGUGCCCAUGUCUCCUGCGGAGCCUGUCUCUCCCCAUGGUCCUUACGGAGUCCCCAGCAUCCUCUACGGACUACGAGAAAUAGAUUUACCGAACUAUGGACUUUUAUGCAUUUAAUAUGAAAACGGACCUAUCCCGGAACUAUCUGAGGUGGAAGACAUAUUUGGAACGCAAGUCGGCGCUAGGAUGAGCACUGCCUUCCGGAAAUCUUCACUUCCGCCUUUCAGACUGGAAACAAAGUGCAGACUCCAGUGCUCCGAAUCUGGGGUAAUUGGGACACUUUUAUAAGGAUUAGGAUUGACUACCAGUACCACACCUCUGAUGUAGGACCCCUUGUGGUCCAAAAUGCGUAAAGAGUGUGGUUGUUGUGACACCUCGUUCUGGACAUCUGUCAACGCCGAUUACUGUCUGGGAGCGCAGCUACAGAUUCCGGACCUGCACGUGCCGGCCUACCAUUCUGAACACCCGUGAACUCUGUGAGACAUUAAGAAGCGUUGCUGUACAUGCCAGUAGAGGAUGUUAUACAGUAUAUGCUACUUUUAUUCUCUGUCUUAUAAGUGCAAUAUUGUAUUAAAUUCUUGUGUCUGUUUAA